CUUGCUAAGUCAUGUUGUAAAUUCGAGGCGUUUGAAUUUUCAACUUCAGUCGCUGUCGCAAAUGCUAAAUUUUGAUCAGAUCUUGCCUCGGUGAAGUCUUCUAACCAUAAUCUGAAGAUUUCACUUUUUAAGUUACACUCACUAAAGCCAAAAAGCUGAAAGAAAGUUCAAGAGUUCUCAACGAAUCCAAAAAGAUUAAUUUUACUAUUUCACAAAGAGUAAUCACAACGUAUCAUGGAAGAAACGAUAGAAUUUAGUGAAAUUGAUAUUACGGAUCAGAAUAUCGUCUCAGAAACUGCCAAAAUACCUUACGCCAAGUCGGAAAUCCUGGAGCCAAAUUUAGAAGAGGAUACUUCAUCGGAAAUGGGAAAAGAUGUACAAAGCAAAGCUGAUGACGGCAAUGAUUCGACCGUUGAUCUCGAAAGGAAAACAUCUGAUAAAACUACGGUGAUUUUAGAAAGCGAUGAUGAAGCUUUUUCGCAAGAUAUUGGUGAAUGCAAAGGAUCGGAAAUUCUUCCUGAGUCUAGUUUAGCACAAGCUUUAACAACGGAUUCUCAACCAGGCGAUGAAAACACUAUGGCAAAAGAUAUUUCAAUAAAAAGUGAAAACGUUAAAGUCGCAGAAAACGUCGCCGAGUUACAAGAGGAGGUAUCACAAAAGGAACAGGCCUCCGGUUCAGAAAACUCCUCGAGGAAGCUGAACAGGUUUACGAUAUUACACGAAGAUGAUUUCUCAGACGUCGAGGAUGACACAGAAGCUUCGAUGGUAUCGUUAUUGAGAGGGACUAUCGGCGAGUUGGAACGCGCGUUGCGGGACUCCCGCGCGUUGAUUAAAACACGAGAUGAAGAUAUCUCCACCCUUAGAAGAGAAGUUGAGAGAGCUCGAGAACAAACUCACAAAGAGCAAAUGAAAUGGCAGAGAAAAUCCACAUUGGCGGAGGAACGCUGCCGAGAAAUCCAGGAAUUGAAGAAGAAAUUAUUGGAUUCCGAGAAAACGGUGGAGGAACUCUCGGAGCGAAUCAAGGAAUUCGAGUCGCCGUGCAGUGAAUCAGACGAUAUUGUCGCUUGUUGUUCUUCCAUGAAAGAACUCCUGGAUUUGAAAAUGGAACUUGUGGAAAAGGAUGAACUUAUAAAAGAGAUACAAAAAAAUAAUCCUGAAGAAAUUAUGGAGAACGCCAUUGUGUCGGCGCAAGGAUGGAAAGCCAAGGAGAAACGAGAGAAAGAGACGGACCAACACAAUCAACUGAAGUUGAAGUUCUUGCGCGAUGCAUUCUUCUAUUUUAUGAUUGAUUUUCAUAGCGAGGAACAAAUGAAGGCGAUAUUAGCUGUAUUGUCGUAUGGAGAUCAAAGAGAAGACGUGAUUUAUCAAGCAUAUCGGAUGAGACAGCGAGGAAAGAAAUUUGCAGUGAAAGAGGUUUCCUCAAGAGGACUUGCUUUUCUUCAUGAAGAAACCUGAAGUGAAUGAUAAAUCUUACUA